AUGCCCGGUGGGUCGGUGAUCACUGAGUGCGAACGGCAAUCCCGCUUUGCGCUCACGUGGGAGUUCGGCGGGGACCAGGGACGUGGCACCAGUUGGGGGGAGUACGCGUUCGGAAGAGGGGAGAACAGGCCCGUUCACGUAUUACAUCAGCAUACGCGCCAUCUCUCGCGGAACACUGGGACGCUUGGUCCGGGGGCGGUCGGGGUCGGCUGGGAGCUGGGUCUCAUGGGACUCGCACUCCACAUCUCGCAGCCGGGCGAGCCGAUGCCGGACGAAGCCGCAUUCGCCACUUGGCCGGACGGCAAGGCGAUUAUUACAGGCAGCAGCGAGCGAUGGGGGCAGGCGGCGGUCGUGGCCGGAACUGACCCCGAGGUUGCUGUGGCGGCAACGAGGCGCACGACAGCGUUUUACACCGGGGAAUCUGCGGAGCCUUCCUGA